CUGCUGGCAUCGCAGCUACGGUGCCGUAGCGAGGCGCUCCUCCGCCCUUCUGCGCGCAGAGAGCCGCGAAGCCGGGCUCGGCUUCCAGCCGGGCAGCCUGCCAGCCAGUCAGGUGAGUCGCCGAUGUAGAGCACGUCCCAGCGGACACCCGUCUCCUCAGCGUCUCCUGCCGCGGUCCCCCGGGGGCUGAGCGGUGCGGGAGCGGCGGGCCAUGUCUCCCGCAGGUAGAUGGCGGCCCCUGAGCCUCGUGUUCCUCUUGGGGAUGGGGAUGGCAUCGGGGAAUAGCGGCUGCCCGAGUGGGUGCAGCUGUCGGUACCUGGAGGUGAACUGCACCGGACGGCAGCUGCAGGAGUUCCCCGCAGCCAUCCCGCUGGACACGAGGCAGCUGAUCCUGGCGGCAAACAACGUCUCGUACCUGCCGGCGGUGGAACUGAGCUUCCUGGCGGAUCUGGUGUACCUGGACUGCCGGAAGAACCUGUUGGGAGAUGACCUGGAUUUCACUUUCGUUGGUGUGGUCAAGCUCGUCUACCUGGACCUCAGCUUCAACAACCUGACGCAGGUCACCUUCAGCACCUUCUCACAGCUCCUCAGCCUGGUUGUGUUGAAGAUCUCGGACAAUCCCAACCUUGUAGCAAUAGAGAAGGAUGCUUUUGCCAACAACACCUGGCUGAGGCACCUGGAUGUGAGCCGGACUGGUUUAACAUUCCUAGAUGCCAGCACCGUCCAGGUCCUGCCCAACCUGAGGAUUCUGGGGCUCUCUGACAACCUGUGGCACUGCAACUGUUCCUUUUUGGACUUCAUCACCUGGAUGACAGAGAGCAGUGUUCAUUUUCCAGACGCCAACAACAUCACCUGCUACACACCAGAAACCCUUCGUGCCUUGAAGAUGCCUGCAGCAGAGGUACAGCUGUACUCCAGCUGCCAGACCCACCUGCACAAGCACGACUACAUCUUUCUGUGUUUCAUUGGCUUCUGCAUAUUCUUUGCUGGCACUGUGGUGGCCUGGCUGGCUGGCAUCUGUGCCGUCAUCUACCAAAUCCACAGUUCAAAGGAGGAGGAGGAGGAAGAAGAGGAGAAAGAUGCAGCCACUUAGGGUCAGCCCUACAAACCUUUCCGGAUGCUGUCCUGGGAACUGAAGGCAGGCCCUUCUGAGUGAUUUCCCAAACUUUAUACGCAAAUUUUUUGAAGUGAAAUAAAGCCACAAGAGAAGAUAUUCUCUGUGCUCCAGUUUUACUCACAGUGCCACCGCUGCAUUUCUUCUUCCAGUGAGACUCAGGACUUUGGCAAAAUGUUCAGUGUGAGCCACAGGAGGUGUGGACAGUGCCGUGCAGCAACCAGCAGCAUUUACAAUCCUGCUUUCUCACGAGACCACGGAAAAGCAGGGCAGCAUGCAGCCUGUCCUGCCACAGGGACAGGUCCCAGCAGCCAGGGAGCUCACCAGGGCCUUUUUGGCCACACUGGGGCAGCCUAGAUAGCUUACUUCUGCUACAGGGAAUCUGAGAGCCUCUGCUGUGGAAAGGCAGAACAGAGAGGUUCAGAGCAGGUCUUCUGUGGGCCUGGGAUCCCACUGGAUCCUUCUUGCUUCUCCAUCCUACCUGUUACAGCAGAAGACACCACCAGUCCCCCUGUACCUCCACUGGUCUGU